UCGCAAAAGAGAAUACCUUAGAAACAUAUUUUAUAAUUAUUUGGCGUUGAAAAUAUUCUCGCAAACACCCAGGACAAAUCCAUGUGGCAUAGUUCCUUUCACAUUUUUUGUGCUAUAUCUACAACAAUCGGAUUACAGAAUAAAAGAUUAACAAAAACUGCCGUUCAACACUCAUUAUUAGUUUUGUUUAAUAUUCAAAUAGAAUAUAACAGGGGUUACAAUGAACGAAAUAGACGAUAAAUUCUAUUACGUGUAUAGUUCUUCUUUAGACCAUAAGGUCCAGAUAAAAAUCGGGACUCUUGAGGGUCAACGUGCAAAGCCAGAGUAUGACAAGCUUCUCGAAGACCCCAUGCUCAAAUUCUCAGGGCUGUACCAGGAGGAAUGUGCUGAUCUGUAUGUGACAUGUCAGAUACUCUGUGAUGGAGAGCCUCUAGCGUUGCCUGUAAUGACCUCGUAUAAGUCAUUCACUACUAGAUGGAACUGGAACGAGUGGAUAAGUCUGCCGCUGAACUACAGCGACAUGCCGCGGUCUGCGGCGCUCGCGCUCACCGUGUACGACUGCGCCGGGCCCGGCAAGCUGAUGGUGGUCGGCGGCACCAUGAUAUCCUUCUUCGGCAAGCACGGCAUGAUGCGACAGGGUAUGUUCGAUCUGCGAGUGUGGCCCGGGGUAGAAGGCAGCGAGAAGACUCCGGGGAAAGCCCCCGACAGAGGCAAGGAACAGAUGCAGAGGCUCUCCAAGCUGGCCAAGAAACACAGGAAUGGACACAUACCCAAGGUAGACUGGCUGGACAGACUGACGUUCCGGGAGAUUGAGAUGAUAAAUGAGAAAGAGAAGAGGAGCUCCAACUAUAUGUACCUGAUGAUAGAGUUCCCCACGGUCGAGCUGGACGGUAUAGAGCACGCUGUUGUAUACUACGAGCAGGACGGUGACGAGAUGUAUCAGUUCAAAGCCGAAGCGGAGAUCGUCACCGUACCCGACUACGAAAUACUACAGGAGAAUCUAGCGGAAAGCAAGCAGCACCGUCUAGCUCGAUGCGCACGCGGCGCCGCGCCUGCUCAGGACGCUAAACCGAGCGCGCGAGAUCGUGAUAGACUCGCUGCGUUACUUGCGCCCGCGCAGCCCCCGCAUGCUUUGACGGCUGAUGACCAAGAUUUGGUGUGGAAGUAUCGAUUCUAUUUAUCGUCUCACCGACGAGCGCUCACAAAAUUCUUGGCCUGCGUCAACUGGAAUCGUCCCGGUGAAGUACGUCAGGCCCUGGCCAUGAUGAAGCAGUGGGCGCCGAUGGACGUGGAAGACGCGUUAGAGCUAUUGACGCCCAAGUUCACACAUCCCGCUGUUAGAAAAUACGCGAUCUCGCGGCUCAAGCAGGCCCCGGACGAGGAUUUGAUCCUGUACCUGCUGCAGCUUGUGCAGGCGCUCAAGUACGAGGACUUCCAGGAGAUACAUGAUGAGUACGCGCGUGUAAGCGGCCACAGCGAAGCUGAAGUGAAGUUGCUACAGAGUAACAGGGGGAGCGAGGUCAGCUUGCUGUCGAUGGCGUCAGGCACGGACUCUAUUAGCAGCCGGCUGGAGGACGAAUCAGCUGUACCGGCGUCUACAGACAUCGUCACAGAUACCGCCAUCGAGGCAGAGGGAGUACAAGAACCGAGCUUAGCCGGCUUCCUGAUAUCACGCGCGUGCUCCAACGCCGGGGUCGCCAACUAUCUCUACUGGUAUCUGCUCGUCGAGUGUGAAGACGAGAGGGAGCCGCGAGCUCGCUCGAUGUACCUCGCCGCGAUGCGUACACUCGCGCGACGCCUGGCUGCGGGCCCGCCCGCCGCCGUGCGUACGCGCGCCGCACUCGCACGACAACAGACAUUCGUGGAUCGGCUCGUGAAGUUGGUGCGAGCGGUGGCCCGCGAGUCCGGCGCGCGCGCACGUAAGGCGGCGCGGUUGCAGGCGCUGCUGGCGGACGCGGACGCGUUCAAGUUCAACUUCACCUCGUUCGAGCCGAUGCCGCUGCCGCUUGACCCUAGUGUCACUAUUAAGGGUAUAGUCGCGAAGAAAGCCAUCCUCUUCAAGUCAGCGCUGAUGCCGUGCAAGCUCACAUUCUUGACGACAGAGGGGUCGGAGUACGAGGCGAUAUUCAAGCACGGUGACGACUUGAGGCAGGACCAGCUUAUAUUACAGAUGAUUACCCUCAUGGACAAGCUGCUAAGAAGAGAGAACCUAGAUCUCAAACUCACGCCGUACAAAGUACUCGCGACAAGCUCCAAGCACGGCUUCCUACAGUUCAUAGAGUCUGUGACUGUGGCCGAGGCGCUAGCGAGCGCGGGCUCCAUACAGAACUACCUCCGCAAGAUGGCGCCGUGUCCCGCCGCGCCUUACGGUAUACGACCGGAUGUCAUGGAUACGUACGUCAGGAGCUGCGCCGGAUACUGCGUUAUUACGUAUUUGCUGGGUGUCGGUGACCGGCACUUAGACAACCUGCUCCUCACGCCCGCCGGGGCGCUAUUCCACAUCGACUUCGGCUACAUCCUCGGCCGCGAUCCCAAGCCGCUACCACCGCCGAUGAAACUCAGCAAGGAAAUGGUGGAGGCCAUGGGUGGAGUCGCCUCGGAACACUACCAUGAGUUCAGAAAGCAGUGCUACACGGCGUUUUUGCAUUUGAGAAGACACGCGAGCCUCAUGCUGAAUCUGUUCUCGCUGAUGGUGGACGCGUCGGUGCCCGACAUCGCGCUAGAGCCCGACAAGGCCGUCAAGAAGGUGCAGGAUAAACUCAGGCUAGACCUGGGCGACGAGGAGGCUGUGCACUAUCUCCAAAAUCUCCUCGAUAUGUCUGUGACGGCCGUCAUGGCGCACCUAGUGGAGCAGCUGCACAAAUUCGCGCAGUACUGGCGCAAGUGAUGACACAAAAUGCGAAUUCCGAUUUUAUUACUGCAGUUGUAGGGUUCAAAAUAGGAAGUUUACGACACUAGCUGAUACGAUGUUGUAUCACUUCGACUUUAUUACCAUAGCAAUAGGGUUCAAAUUAUGUGAAUCUACAAUAUUAUAUAAAAAUAGUGGAACUGAGACAAACGUUUUUAGAGUUAAUUCAACUAAGUUCUAUCAGCAAAUCUAGACUCAAUUUUGUUACAUAGCACCGUUUUUUUAUUUAGUGUUCAUUCACAUUGAUACAGUAACAGGCACCAUUGACACAACGCUGGAAAUGUUUACAUGGUUCCAUCGUCAGAAUCCAGUCACACUGGCGCCCGCGCCAUAGUAAACAGAACUAACGAGUAGGCCGACUCAGAAGAAAUCAAAGACAAUUUAAGUUUAAAUCAUAAAGUUAAUAUACCUAGCGGAAUAGAGAAACAAAGGC